GUAGCUGGGGCUGUCCGAGGUCUCGCGAGAGUGUUCCCGUUGCCCUGGUAACUCCUGCUGCGCCUGCGGGUAAAGAACGCGGCUGAGGCUGCUAAAGGGCCGCUGCUUUCGGUCGCCGGGCUCUUGCUAGUGCUGGCAGAACGGCUGCUCCCGGCACGGAAGGGACGUCAGGCCUGACCAGGGGACGCCGGACCGGAGUGAGGGGGGCCGAGUUGGGCCAGUGACGUGCUGAGAGGGAAAACCCCCGCGGGAAACGAGCGCGCCCCAACAAAUGAGCCCCUCCCCGCACAGCCGUGUCGCGGAGUGUGGAAGAGUUUGCAGCCGGGAAUUGUGGCUUCGCCGUCCUUCCCUCCGAGGAAGCCCUCGUUCCUGCCGGUAGACCUGUCCCGGCGCCGCUGAGUGUGGUCACGCUGCUGUUACCUCUUCUGCUUCUGACGCGAAGGCUACUCACGGAGCGCUCAUUAGAUGCAUCUGUGCAUAUGGCUUUCCUGAAGCUCAGCUCAGGUUUUACUACGCUUCUUGUCAGCACGGUGGUGCGCGUCGUAGGCUCGUGUAAGGAAAGAGAAUCAAGAUUUAUCCAGUCCAGUUUUCCUAACUUGGAGUUGUGAAACCUGGACCUAACUUCAGUAUCUUACUACUGAAAGUGUCACCCAUAAAGUAGACUUCUCUGUUAAAUUCGUAGUUUUUUGCUGUGGAACUUGGGCUUUGUUUUAUGUAGUCCACGCUUGAAAACGCCUUUUAGAGAGGAGUAUAAGCCGUUGGUUCGAAAUUAGUAGAUUCUUUUGGUCUCUCAAAAAUAGCAGAAUCUCAACAAUGAGUUUCUAUUCUUAUUUUAGUAACCUCUUGAAAGAAUACUUGCAUAGGAGGGUUAAUGAGCAUUGCCAAUCCAACCUUCUGAUAACUAUUGAAAUUCCGCCUACCUACAUAAUACAAGAUAUUUCAAGCCACAUACUGGAAGAGAUGUCAGAAGAUUCAGAAAAGGAAGACUAUUCAGACAGAACAAUCAGUGAUGAAUAUGAAUCAGAUGAGGAUACCUUUAUGAAAUUUGUAAAAGAAGAUAUCCAUCACUGUGCACUCUUAACAGCUGACUCUAUUAGUGACCCAUUUUUCCCCCGGACUACGCAGAUACUAUUGGAGUAUCAGCUAGGGAGAUGGGUGCCACGUCUUCGUGAACCACGAGACUUAUAUGGUGUCUCUUCUUCUGGUCCGCUGAGCCCAACACGGUGGCCGUACCACUGUGAGGUCAUUGAUGAAAAAGUCCAACAUAUUGAUUGGACCCCUUCUUUUCCUGAGCCAGUGUACAUCCCAACAGGCCUGGAGAUGGGACCCCUUUACCCAGACUCCAAGGAAGACACUGUGGUUUAUCUAGCUGAAGAUGCCUACAAAGAGCCAUGUUUUGUGUAUUCUCGAGUUGGGGGCAACCGAACACCCUUGAAGCAGCCCGUGGAUAACUGUGAUGAUACUUUGAUGUUUGAAGCAAGGUUUGAGAGUGGUAAUCUACAGAAGGUAGUCAAAGUAGCAGAAUAUGAAUACCAGCUAACUGUGCGCCCUGACCUGUUCACAAAUAAACAUACACAGUGGUUCUAUUUCCAAGUCACUAAUACCCAAGCAGGAAUAGUCUACAGAUUCACUAUUACCAAUUUCACCAAGCCUGCUAGUCUUUAUAAUCGGGGUAUGCGCCCACUAUUUUAUUCUGAAAAAGAGGCCAACGCUCAUAAUGUUGGCUGGCAGAGAAUAGGAGACCAAAUCAAGUAUUAUAGAAACAACCAGGGGCAAGACGGGCGCCAUUAUUUCUCUCUUACAUGGACAUUUCAAUUUCUACACAAUAAAGAUACCUGCUACUUUGCUCACUGCUAUCCAUACACUUACACCAACCUGCAAGAAUACCUUUCUAGCAUCAAUAAUGACCCAGUUCGGUCAAAGUUUUGUAAAAUCCGUGUCUUGUGCCACACUCUGGCCAGGAACAUGGUGUACGUUUUAACGAUUGCCACCCCCUUGAAGAACAAUGACUCAAGAAAGCGAAAGGCCGUGAUUUUGACUGCAAGGGUACAUCCAGGAGAAACCAACAGCUCUUGGAUCAUGAAGGGAUUCCUAGAUUAUAUUUUAGGAGAUUCAAGUGAUGCACAGUUGCUUCGGGACACUUUCAUCUUCAAGGUGGUACCCAUGCUGAAUCCAGAUGGUGUGAUUGUAGGAAAUUAUCGGUGUUCCUUAGCUGGACGGGAUUUAAACCGUAACUAUACAUCUCUUCUGAAGGAAUCAUUUCCUUCUGUUUGGUAUACCCGGAACAUGAUCCGUAGACUGAUGGAGAAACGAGAGGUUAUUUUAUAUUGUGACCUUCAUGGCCACAGUAAGAAAGAGAACAUCUUCAUGUAUGGCUGUGAUGGUGGUGAUAGAUGCAAAGCUUUGUAUUUACAGCAACGGAUCUUUCCGCUUAUGCUCAGCAAAAAUUGUCCGGAUAAAUUUUCAUUCUCAGCUUGCAAGUUUAAUAUACAGAAGAGCAAAGAAGGAACAGGAAGAGUGGUAAUGUGGAAAAUGGGAAUCAGGAACAGCUUUACCAUGGAGGCCACUUUCUGUGGAUCUACCCUGGGUAAUAAAAGAGGCACUCACUUCAAUACAAAAGACUUGGAGUCGAUGGGAUAUCAUUUUUGUGAUUCUCUCUUGGACUACUGUGAUCCAGACCGAACCAAGUAUUAUAAAUGCCUAAAAGAACUAGAAGAAAUGGAAAAACAUAUAAACUUGGAAAAAGUCCUUGAUGAUUCAGAUACUUCUCUGAAAGAAGUUACAUUGGAUCUAGAGUCUAGUAGCCAUGGCUCUGACAGUUCAGAAUCCAAUGACUCUCAGACUUACCUCCUCAAGUUAAGUUCUCAGAUAAAAAACAAGAAAAAACAUUUGAAAACAAAGAAGGAAAGAAAUUCUACCAUAGCAAGCCAUCAAAACACCAGAGAAGAGCAAGAGGUUUGUGAUAAAGGACUUUUAGCUCAGAGACACAAAGAAUCAAAUUCUGAUGUGAAAGAUACAAGGCCAGAUGUAUCGGAUGACUGUAUAUUUGAUUAUUUCAGAAGACAGUUCCCUAAUCAAGGUCUUCAUCACAACUUAAAAAAUAGUAUGAAAGAAUGUACAUCUUUCCAAAGCAAGAAGGCUGGUGUAAAUUGGACAGACGAUGAAAAAAGAAUCUACAGGGAUAAAAAUAUAGCUCAAUCUGAAGAAAUAUUGCAGUAUUUGCUCCCCAUCAUGAAAAGCACUAAAAAUGUGCAGACCACUCAGAUAAAACAGAUUUUCAAUCCAAGAACCAACUUUCAAAUCCAACAUCAACUAAACCCAUCUAGUUACAUACAUGUAAAGAAAUACAGCACAUCCUGGACACCACCCAGAAAUCCUCCCUUGAUUAGCCAAAGGGAUCUUACAGGAAGCUCUUCGGAAUGGCUCCAGGCUGUGUCUCAGAAGUCAUCUGAAAGCUUGUCACCUCUCAAAGGGCCCAAGAAGAGGAAAAAACAUUCUCAAGUCAAGGCCACCAAGACUAAAGACGUGAAACCUGUCAGCAGAAAAUGCGAGACUCUUCCCCUGUGUUCUGAGGACACAGACAAGAGUCUGCAAGCUGAAGAAUCUAACCAGCAGGGCUCUAUGCAAAAUGCCCCCCAUCUCGCUAAAAAUAAGGGAGAGCAACCAAAAACGAAGGAUGAACAACCCACCUUUCGCCUGAAGUUGCGAAGGGACAAGUAAUCUAGCUUUAAGCUGCUCUGACAACUGCAGAUCAAAGAUAACAUAUGCUGACAUAGUAAAAGGCAAAAGAAAGAAACAGAAAAGCCCUCCCUGUCCCUUCAUCCUCAUCCCGCCCCCUACACGUGUAGUUCAUGUGCAUGUACUAAACUAUAAAUUUUAGAUAUCCCAUCUGCUUUAGUAAGAAUGGCUUUCAGAGAGUUAAAAAGAAAUAAGAGAAAAUAUAGAAAAGUAAAGCUCACAUAGAUACUUCUAUUUAACUUUGUCAAGAUGGAAAGAAAACUCCUACUUUGAUUUAUUCAUACGCCAAAAGACUAAGCCCCCAAGGAGGCAGUAACAGGUAUGAUCACCGACAGGGACGUCGCUCUAGGCACUUUCAUGAGUCAGUCCUAUGUGUAGUGUCCUAGAAACCGUCAGUGAUACAAAGGACAUUCCUGUAUUUUCACUACCGCACAUGACUGAAAUAACUCAGGAUAAAACAGUGCAUCGUCAAGAGCUAAGUGAAGCACUCCAACAAUUAGAGAAAAGACUUCAUUUUAAAAGAUGUUAACUGCACAGAGUAAAAGUGUGGCACCAAAGGGCACAUAAAUGCAUGGACUAUGGUUUAAGCAGUCAUUUAAUGUCUCAAAAUUUAGCAAAAAAUGUAAAAGCAUACAUCUCCAGCCCUUUUUUAAUGUGGAAAACAAAUGGAACACCUCACAGUCUGUCACUCAUGAGACAGUGAGUACUAGUGAGAUUCCUAAAGGACACUGCAGAGGAACAGGUAUGCCAGGCAACUAAGAUGCACGUGGUAACUGAGAAAACAGAGUGCGUCAGCCUGGAGCUGCAGGUCAGCCGUGGCAUCCAUGACAGGAAGAGGCUAACGAGGAUCAGGUAGGAGGGUGUGUUCCUGCUAUAAGCCACAAGCUUAAUUAGGUCAUGGGGGCAAAAUGGAACCAGGAAGAUGAGGUUGGGUGGUCUGCUCUCCACAGUAUCUCUGGGAGCCAAAGAGGGUUCAAGGAGAGCCCAGUGGGAUGUUAAAGGAGUAACUGUUGUGUCCUGGUUUUAACAGACUUUAUUUUUAGAGAAGUUUUAGGUUCACAGCAAUAUUGAUCAGAAGGUACAGCAAUUUCCCCUUGUAGCCCCGAGUGCCCACAGCUGCAUGGCCUUCCUGUUAUCACCAUCACCCACCAGAAUGAGUCAUUCGUUACAACGGAUGAACCUGCGUUGAUACAUCAUUAUCGUCCAGAGUCCAUAGUUUACAGUUGGGUUUGCUCUUGGUGUUAUACAAUCUGUGGCUUGGACAAAUGUAUAAUAAAAUGUAUCCACCAUAAUAGUAUCA